CUCCCCAGCUCUCUCGCUUUUCCUCGCAGCUCAGUCAGGAUUGAUGGUGAGAGAGAUGGCCUGAAGUCAGCAACAGGAACUGUGUUGAAUGAAAACAGGAGUGAAGGACUAAAAAAAAAAAGGUUUUCAUCGUUAAAGUGUUGUUUUGGAGUCAACUUCAGAGAGGAGCCGCUGAUUUGCGUUUGCGCGUCUGUGCCCCGAGUGUUGCGCCACGCUGCGUUUCGCUGUCCAGCUGGCAUGUGAGUGAUUGCGUGCAGUUUGCAGUGCGCACGGCCGAUCACCACCAUUUGGACUGGCAGGAGCUCUGAUGAGGCUAACUAUUAAACGUUCGUGGAGCGCUUUUGCCAGAUGAUACCUGUUGAUUUUGCAUCGCGCCAUGUCCUGCUGUCGGACUGAAGUGGACAAUGAAGUUAUGGGAUAGCCUAACCACUUGUUUGAUACUGCUGAGCGCCGUUUACGCCAGCCCGCUGCUCCAGAGCCCGCAGCAGCCCAUGUCCACCAAGAGGAGAGGGCGCGUCGCCGAGAGUCCCCCCAAGCUCCCGCCCGUUCAGAUCGGCCUGUCUGUUUCUUCCACGAGCAUGAGCCACGCGGAUACCGCAAACAGGGACGAAACGCUGGCUGGAGGAGACAAAUACACCACUGAGGAGCCCCUCCCAAAUGAGUUUGAAGAUGUGGUGAACUUCAUCAAAGUAACCAUCAGCAGAAUGCGUCGCUCCUCCUCGCUCACUGUGUCCUCAUCUACCUCCACCAGCAGCACCACCGCCACUACCGUCCCCAUCUCUUCCCCCUCCAAAGACAACUUUGACAGCAGGACCCAACAUAGAAGAGGAAAGAGGAAAAGGACAAGCCAGCGAAACAGUAACAGAAGAGAAGGAGGAUCUAGAGGUGCUGGCGCAGGUGGGAAGAUUAGAGGCGGUGGUAGAGGACAGGGCUGCGUGCUAAAACAGAUCCACCUCAAUGUGUCUGACCUCGGUCUGGGCUACCGCUCCAGUGAGGAAAUGAUAUUCAGGUACUGCUCAGGACCGUGCAGAAAGUCAGAGACAAACUACGACAAAAUCCUUUACAACCUCAUUCACAACAGGAGGCUUCCUGCCAAAGACGUGCCCCCUCAGGCUUGCUGUCGGCCAAUAGCUUUCGACGACGAUCUCUCGUUUCUGGACGACAGCCUGGUUUACCACACCGUGAGGAAGCACUCUGCCAGAAAAUGUGGCUGCGUGUAGGGAGUGCAACUUGUUGUCAGGCUUUGUGUAAUUUUAACUUUUUAUACUCCCACUCUAUAGUGGUAUAAUGUUAAGUGUUUUUUUUUUUCUUUUCUUUUGUUUUGAUUUCACUCACGGAAGCUUUUUGGCAUGUGGUGAUUUAUGACUUGGAUUUAGCAGUAUAGGAGUAAAUAAACAGGAAGUGGCAUUACACAAAUUUUCCACCCCGGAGAAAUUACUUUUAAGAGUUUCCUCGGCACGGUUACAGCUUCUAUGACUUCCGUUACAGCCUACAGCUUGGCUAUGUGGGAUUUGAUAUUCCCAUCUAUGCUCAGUCACAGUCACACACAGUGGAUCAUUCAGUCAACUCACUCUGUCUACUGUACAGCACAUAUGUUACACAAAACGUCACACAUAUGAGAUGUAUUUAUGAAAUCUUGAAUAUAUUAAGUUAUUGAUAUUUAUUUGUUUUUUAAUGAAUAAAUGUUAUUUAUUACUGUGAUCAGAUCUAUGGGAGUGUGCCAAAGAUUUAAAUCAAAUAUGAUUUAUUUUGAUAUAAAAGCAGUACACUGCAAUACCAUCUUUUACGCAUCAGUAUCUAAUCUUAAAGGUACCCUGUUGAGUUGUCUUGACAAUGUUAGGAGUGCAUCCAGGGUUUCUCACCACAACACAGUAUGGGUGUCUUUGAGGUCUCGCAAAUGAGCCAGCACACAUUUCAGGUCUAACAUUGUUUACAUCCAUGUUCACUAGUUUCUAGGCUUAUUUGUCUUCGUCCUUUCUACUCCUGCUUCUUUACUUCUGUUGCUCCCACUGAUCAGCAGAGCAUCUUAAAUAUGUAGGAAGCUGUACGGCAUCUGUCUGUGUCGUGCGUGUGUGCACGACACAAACAAAAUGCAGACCUGUUCUAAUAAACAUCACGCUGUUGUGUUUUCAAUUCAUCAAAAAUUCCCCAAGGGAAGCUUUAAAGGCUUUUCUGCCUUUGUACAAGUAGCUCAUUUGACUGUUUCCUGAUUGAAGCUACACGAAAGCAUUUUCUUCUCGUCGUAGAGCUCGUUCCUCCUCCCAGCUGAAUUAAACAAAAAUUGCUCACCUCAAAAACAAACAAAUAAACAA